GCGUCGCCCACGCGCGCGGGUCGCCGGCGUCACCGCGGCGCCGGAGCCUCCGUUCGCGGCCGCGGCGCCGGGUCCGCGACAUGAGCCGGAAGAGGCCGCGCCUGGGCGCGGAGCCGCUGGGGCUGAGGCGGCGGCGCGGAGGCGGGCCCGCCGAGGCCGACCCCCCGAGGGGCGCGGCCGGUGCCCGGGUGUUGGGGGGCGGCGCCCCGCCGGGCAGCCCUCCCCGCCCGGGGUCGGCGCGCGCGGCGGUCGCGGAGCUGGGGCGGCUGUUCCCGCGAGGCCUGUUCGGAGACGCGCUGCCGCCCAUCGCGCUGCGGAGCCAGGUGUACAGCCUCGUGCCCGACCGGACGGCGGCGGACCGGCAGCUGAAAGAACUUCAGGAACAGGGGGAGAUCAGAGUCAUCCAGCUGGGCUUCGACCUGGAUGCCCAUGGGAUUGUUCUCACCGAGGACUACAGGACCAGGGUCCUCAGGGCCUGCGACGGCCGGUCCUAUGCUGGGGCCGUGCAGAAGUUUCUGGCUUUGGUGCUCCCAGCCUGCGGGGACCUUAGCUUCCAGCAGGACCAAAUGACGCAGACCUUUGGCUUCAGGGACACAGAGAUCACGCAGCUGGUCAACGCCGGAGUCCUCACUGUCCGAGAUGCCGGGAGUUGGUGGCUGGCUGUGCCCGGAGCUGGGAGAUUCGUUAAGUGUUUUGUGAAAGGGCGCCAGGCUGUCCUCGGCAUGGUCCGGAAGGCCAAGUACCGGGAGCUACUCCUGUCGGAGCUCCUGGGCCGGCGGGCGCCUGCCUCGGUGAGACUCGGCCUUGCCUACCAUGUACACGACCUCAUCGGGGCCCAGCUGGUGGACUGUGUCUCCACCACUUCUGGGACCCUUCUGCGCCUGCCAGAGACGUGAGGGUCUGCUCACCGCGGCAAGCCUGCCGGAGCCGGCCUGGGGCCAGGCGCGCUGCCCAGUGGUGGCUGAGCCAGGGUCACCUUGGGAAAGCUCGGCCAGGAGGAUGCGCGAUGGACCCGAGGGCGUGCAGUGCCAGGCGUCACCGCUGCUGUUGACCUGGGCUCCGGGCCAGGGCGGGCUUUGGGCAGCGUCUCGGGGGCCUGUGGGCGUGGAGCCAGACCCCAUGCCGGGGCCAUGGCCGCUGCCUCUGGGGCAGCACGGUGCUGCUGUUACUGUCGGGGGAGGAAGGCGGGUGUUCGAGGGGCAGGUGGGGGC